UGUCAUGCGUAAACUAUCUAACUUAGACACCUCCACAUCUCCCCCCUCCCGGCUUCGGCACCGACCCUCGCGAAGUUUUGGAGACGACCGAAACUGAACUCGGUUAAUGAACCAGGAGACAUGCCACCAAGCCACCAAGCAUUUUUGAGGAUAGGCGCAACGCUAGCCCAUACCCCAUGUCUGGGGUGGGAAAUAGAACGUUGUGGGUAUGCUAUGACGAUAAGUCAAGGUAAUCUCUUUUGCUACGAACCAGUCGUCUCUCGUGUAUUUGCAAACUGAGCUCCACACCCACAGGAACUUAACCACUGCAACUCCGCUCCGGCCCGGGCAUUAUCCCCCGUCUCCUCCAAAUCGUCGCUAUGAAAAUCUCCGAACCUCGAGACCGUCACAUACCCGAUUGGAUUUAUUUACGGCUUUACCCCGCAGUACUAUGAGAGUUGAAAAUAUACCUGCUCCAGUAUUUAAAACCGAAUUCAUCCUGUCUGCUUCAGAGAGACGAUCGAGGUAAAAUCCUCUUAUUCUGUAUAGGUAGCUGAAAAAAAACUAAAACCCUAUAGGUAGUCUCCCCAGUCAAGUCAAAAGAAAGAAAAGCCACCCAGACUCACUAUGAGUAAUACACCGGCGACGACAGGCUAUAGCUCUGGCCUCCUUGAUGAUCCCAAGGCAGACCCGCAAUAUAUCCAAUUCAAAUGCCUACCGCCCGGCGGCCCAUUGAAUCGCUGGUCUCACGAAGUCACGCGGGGGCAUGACUAUCCAGGAGCUCAGGCUAUGUUGUAUGGUGCUGGGGUGCCAAAUGAAGAGAUGAUGAAGAAUGCUCCCCAUGUUGGUAUUGCUACAGUGUGGUGGGAGGGUAAUCCUGUAUGCAAUCGACCUACACAUCUCCUUGAGUUUGGAAAGAUUGUGAAGAGGGCGGUAGAAAAGCAGAAGAUGCUAGGGUGGCAGUACAAUGCCGUGGGGGUUUCGGACGCUAUUACGAUGGGUAACGAAGGCAUGAGAUAUUCGCUUCAGUCCCGGGAUAUUAUUGCCGAUAGCAUCGAAACUGUCACUUGCGCACAGCACCACGACGCCAACAUUGCAAUCCCUGGCUGCGACAAGAAUAUGCCAGGUGUCGUCAUGGCUGCUGCACGCCACAAUAGGCCUUUCAUCAUGAUUUACGGCGGAGCCAUUCAAAAGGGGUACUCGGAACUGUUAGAGAGAGAUGUCAAUGUGAGCACCUGCUACGAGGCCUCGGGAGCAAUGACGUAUGGCAAGCUUCAUGCCAAGACGAACCCUGGAAUCGAGGGACGAACGCCGAGUGAUGUGAUGUCGGAUAUCGAGCAUCACUCAUGCCCAGGCGCAGGCGCCUGCGGUGGCAUGUACACAGCUAAUACGAUGGCAACGGCGUUAGAAGCGAUGGGGCUUACAUUGCCUGGAUCAUCGUCCUAUCCCGCCUUGUCUCCGGAAAAGUCCCGUGAGUGCGAACGGGCCGCCGAGGUUAUCAAAGUGACCAUGGAGAAAGACAUUCGUCCACGAGACCUUCUGACGAAAGAGUCAUUUGAGAAUGCUCUAGUUCUUACCAUGAUACUAGGUGGGUCAACUAAUGGUGUACUACAUUUCCUAGCCAUGGCAAACACAGCGGAAGUACCGUUGGCUCUCGAGGAUGUCGAUAGGGUCAGCAACAAGACCCCCUUCUUGGCAGAUCUAGCACCAAGCGGGAAAUACUUGAUGGAGGAUUUGUACAAGGUCGGCGGUACCCCAUCUGUGUUAAAGAUGCUUAUAGCGGCUGGUUUGAUCAAUGGCGAUAUUCCAACUGUCACGGGUCGCACGCUUGCAGAAAAUGUAGCCGACUGGCCAAGCUUGUCACCAGGCCAGAAGAUCAUCCGGCCACUUUCCGACCCCAUCAAAGAAACGGGACAUCUUCGAGUCCUCCGGGGGAAUUUUGCCCCAGAAGGUGCUGUUGCUAAGAUCACGGGUAAGGAGGGUCUAAGUUUCACAGGCAAGGCUCGAGUAUUCAACAAAGAACACGAACUCGACGAGGCCUUAUCGAAGGGCGCCAUCCCGCGAGAUGAGAAUUUAGUGCUCGUCGUUCGAUACGAAGGCCCACGAGGUGGACCGGGAAUGCCAGAACAACUGAGGGCAUCGGCAGCUAUCAUGGGUGCGGGACUAAAGAAUAUUGCGCUCGUUACAGACGGAAGAUAUAGCGGUGCCAGCCACGGCUUCAUUGUCGGUCAUGUGACGCCAGAAGCUGCCAGAGGUGGUCCCAUUGCAUUAGUCAAGGAUGGAGACACGAUUGUCAUUGAUGCUAUCAAGAACAGGAUAGACAUGACGAAUGUAAGUGAUGAGGAAUUACAGGAGAGAAGAAAAUUGUGGAAAGCUCCUCCGCCAAGGGCUAAGAGAGGUGUUCUGGCCAAAUAUGCAAGAUUGGUUGGGGAUGCUAGUCAUGGGGCCGUCACAGACCAAUGGGAGAGUGACUUUUAGUUCUCCAUUUUGGUGUGUAAGAGCACAGGAGUGGUGACGGAGCGGAGGUCCUUGUGCAAUGAGGCUGUCCAUGGUAGGUAGUUCAAAGCGUCUUUUUGGCCGGUUUGGUUGGAACAUCGUAGCUCUGUAAAAGACUAGGCAUGAUGUAGACAGCGAACGUAUGCCAAGACAGCGCAGGGAGCAAGAAUACCGCACUGAGGAUGAGCGAAGUUGAAGUGAACCCGCUCCUAUCGGGCUGGGAAAUAUGCCAUAGCAAGAGUGCUUCUAGAAAGACCUCCCCGGCUAUGAGUGUGUUGAAAGUUAACCGUCUCUUCUCGGCUACAGCCUCGGAGUUUGGAAUGCAUUGUAUGGUAGGAACAGUAAGAGCGAGGACGAGAACACCGUAGACCUGCCAGAGUAAAGCAGAACUUGGAGGCACAUUCACGAUACCGGAUUCAGGGUCAACAGCAAUGGCGAACGAGAGACACCAUUCUGGAUAUAAAACGAACGGAAGAGCUCCGACUAUGUUAAGAACAGCCUCGAUGAUUAGGCCAAGCUGGAACACACGUGUCAUGAUUUCGUUUUAUGAGAAGAGCACUUGAAGUAUGAUUAUAUAUCACGUAAAAAGUUGGAAGUUGUAGUUGUCGAGAAGGGAAG